GAGCACAUAAUGGUGUCCUGACACUUUACAAUGUCUACUCUACACGAUGGAUGGCCCAUACUUCCCCUCUGAGAUUGCAGCCUACACUACAACACAUUGGCAUCACUUCAGGUGGUUUCUUCGGCGCUGCAGGACGAGACUUGCUCGAAAAAGUUCUCUUAUACUUUUUGCACUUCUGUUGGCACUUUUCUGGGCGUCGCUAUACGUCUCCACCCUCCAGGCUGUAGACACAGACUACGAUGGCGUAGGCCUAAUAAGUGCCCUCCAUCAUCCAAGGCUCGAACGCUUCGUCCAUCCAGAAGACUCUUUCACCAUCGUCAUGGAAACGUAUAAGCGAACGGACAUUCUCUUGAAGCUUCUGAGGCAUUAUCAGCUAGUGCCUCGCCUCAAACAGAUCGUGGUGGUGUGGAAUAACGUUGGAGAGCGGCCGCCGAGCCAGAUGUGGGAGUCGGGAGCCGGUCCUCACCGCGUCCCAGUGUUCUUCAAGGAGCAAACUCGGAAUCUAGUGAGGAACAGGAUGCUACCUUUUCCAGAAAUAGAUACUGAAGCUGUGCUAAUGCUGGAUGAUGACUUACUGAUUAGUGUUCCUGACAUCACCUUUGCUUUCUCUGUCUGGAAGCGAUUCUCUGACCAGAUCGUGGGCUUUGUGCCCCGCAAGCAUGAGACCAGAACAUCAGGGGCUUAUAAAUACAGUGUGAAAGCAGGAGGUGACUUCAGCAGCUACUCCAUGGUCCUGGUCGGCGCCGCCUUCUUCCACCGCCGCUACCUGCAGGUCUUCCAGGACCAGCCCAGGCAAGUGCACGCCCUGGUGGACAAGACGCAGAACUGCGAUGACAUCGCCAUGAACUUCGCGGUGGCCCUGUGGCUGGCGGAGCAGGACGGCUGGAAAGCCCGGCCCUCGGGGGUUCUGGUGAAGCCCGCCGUGGCCAUGCAGAACCUGGAGGAGCAGGCCAGGAGUGGCUUCAUGGGGCUGUGGCGCAGGCCGUUCCACAAGCGGCAACGCUCUUACUGCCUGAAUCGGCUGUCGAAGAUCUACGGGGACAUGCCCCUGCUGUACUCCAAACUCAUAAUAACACGAUGA